AUGAAUCUAUUGCUUCUUCUUGAUGGCUUCAUUUAAUCAUGCUUUGAGUUAAACUGCAAGUUGUUCAGAAAUUACAUCUAGUAGUUAAAUUUAUUAUUUUUGGCUAUGUUUGUUAAAUGGCUAUAUGUCACUAAGUUAUUACUGUAAGAACUUGUAUAUUAACACAAGUAUGAGCAAAUUCUGGGAAUUUUAAGACUGGUAUUAAUGUAUGGAAAAAUGA